AUGCGCUCAUUCCAGGCCGUCAUCGUCUUCCUCUUCGCGCUUGCCGCAUCCGUCUUCGCUGCUGAGACUGAGUCCUACGACGCUACCGUCUACCUCACCUCGACUAUCUACCGCGUCAACACUGUCACCUUGUCUGGCUCUCCCUCCGGCGCUGUUGCCAACCAGACCAGCACCAUCUCCGCCUACGCCGCACCCUCCGUCACUGGCUCCUACGGCACCAACGGCACUGCCAUCAAGCCCACCGGCAGCGCAACCAAGCCCUUGACCCCCGAGUUCACCGGCGCAGCAUCCAGCCUGAACGCAAACGCGCUCGUCGUUGCGCUCGCCGCCGGUAUUGGCUACCUCGUCCUGUGA